UUUAUUCCAGUGAGAUUUAUGGUUUUAUGUUUACAGUUUACUUUCUCUUUUUAUCUGUUUUUAUUUAAGAGAUUAUUUUUUUUCUAAAAAAAUCAGUUUACUGCUCUUAUACAGUUAUACUUAUGAAGUUGAGCAGCAAAAGAGAAAAAUGGAAAAAGGAGGGAUAAUUGGAGUGGAGAAAAGAAUGAGAAAAGGUUAAAAGCUUUGUUGGACUUUUUUUUUUUCAUUUAUUUGAUUUUGAUUUGUGAUAUGAAUUAUGGGUUUCUGAGUUUUUUUUUCAAAAAGAUCUGUUUUUAGCUCUUGGGUUUUGUUUUUGAGUGUUUAAAAGAAAGGGGAAUGGCCGGAAGUAAUGAAGUCAACCUCAAUGAGUGCAAGAUGGUGGUUCCCCUAAAUACAUGGGUCCUAAUCUCCAGUUUUAAGUUGGCUUACAAUCUUCUCCGUCGACCGGACGGCACUUUCAAUCGUCACUUGGCGGAGUUUCUCGAUCGUAAAGUCCCUGCUAAUUUGAACCCAGUUGAUGGAGUUUUCUCUUUUGAUGUCCUCAUUGAUCGUGCUACAGGCCUCCUUUGUCGGAUUUACAGACCAGCUACUGCUGAAGAGCCUGAGCCGAAUAUCGUUGAGCUUGAAAAGCCUGUUGUAGGGGAUGUUGUCCCUGUUAUAAUUUUCUUUCAUGGUGGGAGCUUUGCACAUUCCUCGGCGAAUAGUGCUAUUUACGAUACUCUAUGUCGACGAUUGGUAGGUAUCUGUAAGGCUGUUGUGGUUUCGGUGAACUAUCGACGUGCACCUGAGAAUAGGUAUCCAUGUGCUUAUGAUGAUGGUUGGACUGCUUUUAAGUGGGUUAACUCUAGAUCAUGGCUUCAAAGUCGGAAAGAUUCGAAGGUUCAUAUAUAUUUGGCUGGGGAUAGCUCUGGUGGUAACAUCGCACACCAUGUUGCGGCACGAGCUGUGGAAUCCGGAAUUGAUGUGUUGGGUAAUAUACUGCUCAAUCCAAUGUUUGGUGGACAAGAAAGAACUGAAUCCGAAAAGCGUUUAGAUGGAAAAUACUUUGUUACUCUACGAGAUCGAGACUGGUACUGGAGAGCUUUUCUCCCCGAAGGUGAAAACCGUGACCAUCCUGCAUGUAACCCAUUUGGACCUAACGGUAGAAGUCUUGAAGGAAUCAAAUUUCCGAAGAGUCUAGUUGUGGUUGCCGGUUUGGACCUUAUUCAGGACUGGCAAUUGGCUUAUGUUGAAGGGCUCAGAAAGGCUGGCAAAGAGGUUAAACUUUUAUAUAUGGAACAGGCGACAAUCGGUUUCUACUUGUUGCCGAAUAACAAUCACUUCCAUACGGUUAUGGACGAGAUAAGUGAAUUUGUGAGUUCUGACUGCUAAAUAUAAUAAACUUUUCACGAUCUCGGGGUGAUUAAGAAGUUUGCAGUUACUGUCGUGUGUGUGCAUAUAUAUAUAUAUAUAUCACGAAGAAGAGGUAUUUCAGCGUGUAGCUGAUAAACCCGCCACUCGGACAAUGGAUGUUAUAGUUUUACGAAGCUCUCUUACAGGUACCCGACCAAAGGGUUGGUGCUCGGCUAAUGUUACAUAAAGCUAAUAUUUGAAGACGGAUCCGAAAGGUUCCGCCGUUUUGUAUGUUUAUACAUAUGUGUUACUGUUAGUAUAUGUAAAGACGAUGGCUUCAAUUAGUCUUGUGUUUUUAGCUUCUCUAUUUCCUCUAUUUUUGAUUUAUUGCUGUUCUGUUUGCUCUAGUAUUGUUUGAAACUCCUUUUCAGGCAACUGUAAAUACAAUUAUAUUGUUCCAUAAGAUUGAUAAAAUUUUAGUUUUGUGAUUUAUGGCU